AUUUUGUUUUCUGUCCUGUAUGAGUUGAUAAUGCACUGGCCUGUGGAAUUUGGUCUUUUCAAACACCCAUAAACCCUUUGUUCCAGGUUUUUGUGUUGGUUAAGGCUGAAAGCCUCUUGAAGAGAAGGACUCCACUCAUUUAGGCUCUGACUGAGUCUAAACAGACAGCACUAUGGCUUCAGACUCUGACAGACCGGGCUUCUCUCUGGUGGACUAUGCAGUGUUUGCUGCUAUGCUGGGGGUGUCGGUGGCCAUCGGGCUAUUCCAGUCUCUGAGGAAGAGCACGGAUCGCUCUAACGUGGACAGCUUCUUCACAGGAGGAAGGAGUUUCUCUGCUGUACCGGUCGGACUGUCGCUCUGUGCCAGCUUCAUGUCAGCUGUCCAAGUUCUCGGUGUGCCAUCAGAGGCAUAUUUAUAUGGUUUUAAGUUUCUCUUUAUGUGUCUGGGACAAGCGCUCAACUCCCUCAUCGUUGCAGUUCUGUUCGUUCCUGUGUUUUAUCGGCUCAAAAUCACCAGUUCAAGUCAGUAUUUAGGAAUGAGGUUUGGCAGAGGGAUGCAGCUCCUGGGAAGUUUGCAGUUCAUUGUAGCCACGCUCCUCUACACUGGAAUAGUGAUUUUUGCUCCAGCAGUCAUCUUAAAUCAGGCCACAGGCCUAAAUAUGUGGGCAUCUCUCUUCUCAACUGGACUCAUCUGCACAUUUUACACAACAGUGGGUGGUAUGAAGGCUGUAAUCUGGACAGAUGUGUUUCAGAUUGUAGUCAUGCUCUCUGGGUUCAUUGCGGUCUUCAUUCAGGGCACCAUUUUGGCAGGAGGGCCUGCCAGAGUUUUGGAGAUCGCCAACAAUGGAUCCCGCAUCAAUUUUAAUGAUUUUAACAUAGACCCUCAGAGGCGCUACUCAUUCUGGACUUUAACAGUGGGUGGCACUAUGGUCUGGUUAUCCAUGUACGGAGCCAAUCAAGCUCAAGUACAGCGUUACAUAUCAUGCAGGACUGAGAAACAAGCUCAACUAGCGCUGCUGGUUAAUCAGGUGGGUCUGUGUUUGAUUGUGAGCAGUGCAGCCACAUGUGGCAUUGUGAUGUUUGCUUUAUACGGCAGCUGUGACCCACUUAAGUCUGGCAAAAUAUCUGCACCUGACCAGUACAUGCCAUACCUGGUUUUGGACAUUUUCCGUAAUCGCCCAGGCUUCCCAGGUCUUUUUCUAGCCUGUGCCUACAGUGGAACUUUAAGUACUGUCUCCACCAGCAUUAACGCCAUGGCAGCAGUAACUAUGGAGGAUGUAAUGAAGCCGUGGCUAAUUAGAGUUUCACAGAGAAAACAACUCUUGCUUUCCAAGUCAUUAUCACUGUUGUACGGGCUUGGCUGCAUUACGAUGGCUGCGCUCUCUUCCCUGCUGGACUGGGGAGUCCUUCAGGGUUCGUUCACAGUCAUGGGUGUAGUGAACGGUCCACUGCUGGGAGCGUUUGUGCUGGGCAUGUUUGUUCCAGCCACAAAUAAACCAGGGGUGUUCUCAGGUGUGGCUGUGGGGUUCUGUCUGUCUCUAUGGCUUGCUGUUGGAAGCACAAUUUAUCCUCCUACACCACAAACUAUGGGUGUUUUACCCACUAGUACUGGUCACUGUAAUGCAACGCUCAACAACACCACGAUAGCCGCUAAAUCAUCUAUCUUGGCAUCCUCAGUUUCUCAGGAUUAUAGCCUUCAAAACAUCUAUGCAAUAUCCUACCUGUACUUUGGAGCCCUGUCAACUAGUGCAGUCGUGCUGGUAGGUGUGGUGGUUAGCUACAUUACAGGACCCACCAAGAAGGAUUCUAUCAGUCCUGGUUUGUUACGCUGGAACUUGGAACAAAAGACAUGCAGUGCAUCUUGUCAUAUCUUGAACGAAACUACAAACAAUCCCACUGAAAUCCUUCUCAGUCAAAAAGAACUUUUUGCCACUGCUGAUAAACAAGAUGUUUUACUAAACAAAGGUGACAUUUAGACAGGUGCAGGACUGGCUUUGUAAAAUCAGAAAAGUCUUUAAGAAGUAUUGCUUUAAUUAAAAUUGAAAUGACUUCUUGUAGGACAACAUCUGUACAAUGAAAUGUUAAAAGACACAGCUUUACUAUUUAACAUCAUGCAAAGUACAUUCUGCACAGUCCCGCAUAUUAAAACUGUCAAGGCCAUACUGAUUUGGUUGGUAUUACUGAAUACCUGACCAUCACCACCUGAUUCAAAAGAUGAUUUCUUGACCUAUUAAACAAUAGUGCCUUCUUCCGUAGUACAAAAAUGCACAGUACGUUUCUGUUCAUCAUACACCUGUGUCGCACCUGUACGUCAGUUCACUUUCAUUCCUAGCCAAGAAGAGGAGAGCAUCAGCACACACACUAAAGUCACAUGAAAGUAGUUUAAUUAACUAAAUGCUUUUAAUAGAGAUAUAUCACUAUGAUAUCUUCUGUAUUAUCCUACAAGAAAGUAUGUAUGAUCAUUAGCCAAAACUAAUUAAGGAAAUAUGUAGCCUGAGAUGAUUAAGUGCACUACACUACCCACAAUAAUAACAACGCAUUUCAUUAUACAAUCAUGUUUCAGUUUCAAUGUAUUAAACCAACGGCUGUAUAAUUCAUGCAUAUUUUUAAUAUUACUGUCAGUAUGACAUAGAUAAGCUGCUGAAUGACGGAGAGCCCCUGUCACAUUCACAAUAAA